AAGAAGGCUAAUCAAUGGCGCCGCUGGCAAACGGAGACCAUUCCGGAUCUCAUAGGACCUUAUGAGACGUACAUAUGGGCCACCUCCCAUAUGACAGACGACCCACCGUGUCUGCUGGAGUGCAGCUGCAACGAACUGGGAAGAAAAUUGAAGGUCUUGGCUGUGUUCUGCCAACGUUUGGAGUCCAUCGAACUCUCCAUAUGUUCAUGCAGGUCAGCUGCCCGUCAACUUCUAGCACGCGGCUUAUUCCCCUGCGCUCCUCAAUCACCAUCUCUUGCCUUCGACCUGAACAUGCUUGAGCUCGUGGCCAUGUUAUUUUUGAAUACCGCGCCGAACGUAACGGCUUGGGCGGCUACUCUCGAAACGUUCUUGGGUGUCCGGAAAUACCACCUGCGUACUAAGGAUUCCUUACGGAGGCGCUUCGGCAAUGCGCUCAGCUGGUUCAUCUACCUCAGAGACUGCGUGAAAGAGAAAACGUUCACGGCAAUAGAAGACGCUCGGAAAGCUAUCGUCUCACAGGCAGAACUGCGGCAUCUCGACGAAGGGCUCAGAAAGAAUGGCAAGUUGAGGGGAGAGUCAUGGAGACCGCGAGCACCCGCCAAGCCGGAUGGCAGGCAACGCUCGCCUUCAACGUCCUUUAGCUCAUACCUUCGCUCUCGAUGCUUGCUUUGCUUCGGCCCAAACCCCCAAGCGAGCUUCGACGACAUGCCCGACGUGAUCGUUUGCCUGGACGCCUGCUUCACGCAGAAGCGAUGUGCGACGACAGGCAGGGAUCCCUCCAGGCGGCAUCCUGCUUCAGUGUUUUUGCCCGAGGCCGAGGUUUUGGCUAUGGAGAAGGAAUCUCCUCGAAAGCGAAAAGGUCAUGCGGCUCCACAUGCAUCGAUUUAUGAGGACGAGGACCAAGAGGAUCGUUGUGACGGUCCCCUCAAAGUUCCAAACUCGGUGCUCGAUGGCUGUGAGGCAUCCUUCAAGGCCGCCGAUGAGUCGCGGGAGAAGGCGAGCACGAGGUUCUUCGACGAUACCGCGCUCAUGGCCCUCAUGUGCCGCCACGACCGAGUGCUCUGGUUGGCCAACAUGACGAGCGCCGGCGAACGUCAACACUACGCCAUCGCGCUUCUGGAUCGCUUUUUCCGCCAUAUCCCGGCCUCCACGACUGUCGGGGUGCUAUACGAUAUCGGCUGCCAGCUCCAGCGCAGCUGCUACAAGUGGGACUUGCUCCCCGCAUACCGCGACAGGAUCACGUUCGGGAUUUCAGUGUUCCACGCUUACGGCCACCAAUGGCCGUGUCAAGUCGUAUAUCACCCUCGCAAGUGUCGAGGCUUUGGGCUGUCGGAUGGUGAAAGCUGUGAACGGUUUUGGAGCGCAAUUGAUCAUCUAGUCCCAGGACUUCGUGUUAGCGGUUUCUUCCAACGACUCUACGUCAUUGACAGUCAAGUGCAUCAUCUGGACGCUUGUCAGCGUUGUGCGCUCGGAGAUUGGCUCGCGAAAAAGGACUAUGCUCGCUGCAUGAGGAUGAUCGCAGCUGAACGCGGGCUCGCGGACUGCAAUAUUCCUAUGGAAACGCUUCGAGCCGAAUGGGAAGCUCAACAGGUCGCUCAGACAAAACCCAUCGCGAAAUUAUCGAAGGAUGCCGGGACGAAGACUAUCGACUCUAUCUUGUUGCUGGAAGAUCAGCUGCGAAUCUUCGAGAAGACUAUAACUGAACUCGAGCGGAAGGUCAUGGCUGGGCAAGGAGACGCGAAUUCGAUACCCUACCGAGACGAACUCUACGAGGACCGAAAUCGCGCAACGAGAAGGAAGCGUAAUCUCGAGAAGGCGUUGGACUUGCGUACUCGGCGAAAGCUUGAAACACUCCGUGGCAGCAAGUACUUGACGCAUCGGAUGAACGCGUUGGCUCUCAAAACACGAAUUCGGGACCGACUGCGGCAACGUAAAUUCGAGUUUACGCAAGUGGAACGGUCAUUCCGUUCGCAUUCGUCGACCGCGGACAAGAAGCUCGUUUCGCAUACAGAACUCGCCGUUCACAGGCGCGAGCCCGGGAUUCAAGCUCUCGCACGAAAAUAUAACGGACUUUGCUCGGAUAUGGCGAAGUUCAUUCAGAAACGGCAAGCGCCAGCAAGAGCCAUUGCGCCCGCGCCAAUCGUACUCGAGUCGUUGUGGAGGCUUGAUGUAGACGACGAUAUCUGGCAAGAUACCGGCCUUGUUGACGAUGACGAAGAGGACGGGAUGCCGCCGAGAUGGCUCGCGGAUGAGAAGGUCAGAGCAGGAAUCCGGCAUAUGCUGGAAGCAGACCGGUGCCGGGAAGAGGCUCGCCGUAUAUCGAAGGAACGAACGACGAUGCAACUUUGGCUACAAGAGGAAUGGUCGGCCGUGAAUUACGCGCUGAGUCGUUCGGUUGAAGACCGCGGCCUGGAGUAUCAACUGUCGAUUUACCGGGAUGAGCUACUAACCCUAGCAGUAACGUGGCGACGAGACGUGGCGACUAUCCCUCCGACCGGCAACGUGGGCGAGUCCUGGGGUCCGACGGAGGACGAGAUGUCCAAUGCGAUA